AUGGAUGAAACUGUGAACAUACAAAUGUCCAAGGAAGGUCAGUAUGAAAUCAAUUCUAGCUCUAUAAUAAAAGAGGAGGAGUUUGUAGAUGAACAAUAUUCUGGGGAGAACGUUACGAAGGCCAUCACCACAGAGAGAAAAGUCGAGGAUGAUGCUGCUAAGGAAACAGAGAGCUCACCACAAGAAAGAAGAGAGGUGAAGCGGAAGUUAAAGCAGCGGCAUAUAGGGAUGAUUGCUCUCGGCGGCACCAUUGGGACGGGCCUCAUAAUUGGUAUUGGUCCGCCAUUGGCACACGCCGGCCCUGUUGGUGCCUUGAUAUCGUAUUUAUUUAUGGGGACAGUGAUUUACUCCGUUACACAAUCGUUAGGAGAGAUGGUCACUUUUAUCCCGGUUACAUCUUCAUUUUCUGUCUUCGCCCAAAGAUUUCUGUCGCCAGCGCUGGGAGCGACUAACGGAUAUAUGUACUGGCUGUCGUGGUGUUUCACCUUCGCACUGGAACUAUCCGUUUUGGGGAAAGUUAUUCAGUACUGGACAGAAGCAGUGCCUCUAGCGGCUUGGAUCGUGAUCUUUUGGUGCCUGUUAACUUCAAUGAACAUGUUUCCCGUAAAGUAUUACGGAGAAUUUGAGUUUUGUAUUGCCUCCAUAAAGGUCAUCGCGUUGCUCGGUUUUAUCAUUUUCUCAUUCUGUGUUGUGUGUGGUGCGGGACAAUCUGAUGGACCCAUCGGUUUCAGGUACUGGAGAAAUCCAGGAGCCUGGGGGCCUGGCAUUAUCUCCAGUGAUAAAAAUGAGGGCCGUUUUCUCGGAUGGGUUUCCUCUUUGAUUAAUGCUGCAUUUACGUACCAAGGUACUGAACUGGUUGGGAUAACCGCUGGUGAAGCGGCUAACCCAAGAAAAGCUCUCCCGAGGGCAAUAAAGAAAGUUGUAGUGAGGAUUCUAGUCUUUUACAUUCUUUCACUAUUUUUCAUUGGCCUUUUGGUCCCAUAUAAUGACCCAAAGUUGGAUAGUGACGGUAUAUUUGUCUCUUCAUCGCCCUUUAUGAUAAGCAUUGAGAAUUCAGGCACAAAAGUUCUCCCAGAUAUAUUUAACGCGGUCGUGCUAAUCACCAUUCUUUCCGCAGGUAACUCUAAUGUGUACAUUGGCUCAAGAGUACUGUAUAGUCUGUCUAAAAAUAGCUUGGCGCCAAGGUUCUUGUCUAACGUGACCAGAGGUGGUGUUCCAUACUUUUCUGUUCUAUCUACAUCCGUGUUCGGAUUUUUGGCUUUCUUAGAGGUUUCUGCAGGCAGCGGCAAGGCCUUUAACUGGUUAUUGAACAUAACUGGUGUGGCCGGUUUCUUUGCCUGGCUUUUGAUUUCAUUUUCUCAUAUCCGUUUCAUGCAAGCCAUAAGGAAACGUGGUAUAUCGAGGGAUGACUUACCUUAUAAAGCUCAAAUGAUGCCUUUUUUGGCAUAUUAUGCAUCUUUUUUCAUCGCUCUAAUUGUUCUGAUCCAGGGCUUCACCGCUUUCGCACCUACUUUUCAGCCUAUAGACUUUGUCGCUGCAUAUAUAUCAAUAUUCCUAUUUUUGGCCAUAUGGUUAUCAUUCCAAGUUUGGUUUAAGUGCCGCUUACUCUGGAAGCUGCAGGAUAUCGAUAUCGAUUCUGACCGCCGGCAAAUAGAGGAGUUGGUAUGGAUAGAGCCAGAAUGUAAAACAAGGUGGCAACGAGUUUGGGAUGUCCUUUCAUAA